AUGUCUAAUCAGCAGGAGUCUUGGUCUGCUCAGCAGCGACCCCUCAACCAACAGUUCAAUCGUCAACAUCCACCAGUCUUACCACCACCAGCUACUUUGGAGCAAGGUUCUCAGCAAUUUUAUCCUUUGCCAAGUUUACCAAGCUUGGGUAAUGGUAGUGGGCAUCAUUCUCAACAUGGACACGGGUUCACCAUUCCAUCCAUUAAUCCAGUCAAUGAUUCAAUUCAAAUGGGCCAUGGAUCAGACCAUUCGAGACAGACACCGGAAAUAAGGAGGCCAUCGAUUGUUACUUUUGGCAAUCCACAAAGCUCAUCCUUACCACCACCGUCAUCGUUGACCAAUAUUAAUACUGAACAUCAAAAUAUGAGCAACGAUAUCGGAACACAACCACAACAUCAGCAAUCACUUCAUCAACAGCAGCCACCACCACCACCACCACAACAACAACAGCAGCAGCAGCAACAGCAACAACAACAACAACAAUCACAAACACAAUCACAACAGCAGUUGCCUCUUCAGCAACCACCUGCUGGUGUUUCGAGUCCUAUUGGCGGAAUUCCCAACAGGUCCAGUACUAGUAACGUCUACCGACCAUUGAAUGUGAAGGAUGCAUUGUCAUAUUUGGAUCAAGUCAAAAUACAGUUCUAUAAUCAGUCAGAAGUAUACAAUAAUUUUUUGGAUAUUAUGAAAGAUUUCAAGUCGCAAAGUAUUGAUACGCCAGGAGUGAUUGAUCGUGUAUCUACCUUGUUUAAAGGUCAUCCCAAUUUGAUCCAAGGAUUCAACACUUUUUUGCCACCCGGUUAUAAAAUUGAAUGUUCAUUGGAUCCUUCUGACCCUAAUCCAAUUAGGGUAACGACACCUACUGGAACCACCACGGGCUCGAACAUUGCCGGUACCUCAUACAAUCAAGGUUGGGGUAACGAUGAAAUGUCUGUGGUUGCCACAGUAUCUCAGCAACAGCAACAAUUCAAUGAGGCAAUUGGCAAUCAAAAUGCCGGAUCUGGUCAAACCGAGUUUAACCACGCUAUAUCAUAUGUGAAUAAGAUAAAGACGCGAUUUGCCAAUCAACCAGAUAUAUACAAGCAAUUUUUAGAGAUUUUGCAAACUUAUCAAAGAGAGCAAAAACCUAUUGCCGAAGUGUACGAACAAGUUACGCAAUUAUUUGCCAAUUGUCCCGACUUGCUUGAUGAUUUCAAGCAGUUUUUGCCUGAUACUAGUAACCAAACUUUUGCUCAAACACAACGUAUUCCAUCAGCUGCUGAGAAGUUUUAUUUGAAUAAUGAAACACAAUUGCCACCAGUUGGAAACUUUCAACCGAUCGGACCCGCGGCAAAUCAACAAGCAUAUGCAGGACAACAACCACAUCAACAACAACAACAACAAUCACAACCACAGCACCAGCAAACUUUACCACCGCAACAACAUCAUCUUCAGCAACAACAACAACAACAACAACAACAACAUCAGCACCAACAUCAGUUACCACCACAUCAACAACAGCAACAGCAGCAGCAGCAACAGGGUGUUCCUUCUUCUGUGGGAGUUGUUCCAGAAAGAAAGGGGGUGUACGAUUCUUCUGCAGUUGAUAAUUCUGCGUACAAAAGAAAGACAGUAGAAGUCGAUAUAGAUAACUACAACCAGGAAGCACAACACUCUAAUGUUAGAUCUGGUUUGGCUCCUGUUGGAGCUGUGGCACCCACUACAACAAAGGCUGGCAAAUCUCAAGGUAGAGCUCUGGCCGCUGGAACUCCAGGUGCAGCUGCUGGUAGUAAUACGGGCGUCACUGCUACUACGGCUGUUGCUCCGCCACUAAAUGCUACUUUGGUCCCUGGUAUUCCUGAACCAGUGCUUCCUUCCAAAACCGUCAAGACUUCAUCUCUUUCGGAAGAGAUUACUUUCUUUGACAAGAUCAGGAAAGCUUUGGGAAAUAGACUGACUUAUAGUGAGUUUUUGAAACUUUUAAAUUUGUUUACGCAAGAUAUUAUCGACAAAGAUACUUUAGUGGAACGUGUUGAUGGCUUUUUGGGAGAUGCAAAUACGGACUUACUUGAUUGGUUUAAGCUGUUUGUUGGCUAUGAGGAUAAGCCCCAAAAUUUGGAAAAUAUUACUUUCAAAAAGCAUGCUUUGGAACUUUCGUUGUGUAAAGCGUAUGGUCCUUCCUAUAGGCAACUUCCAAAAGCAGAAACAUUUAUGCCCUGUUCUGGUAGAGACGAGAUGUGUUGGGAAGUAUUGAAUGACGAAUGGGUUGGGCAUCCUACUUGGGCUUCAGAGGACUCUGGAUUUAUUGCACACAGGAAAAAUCAAUACGAAGAAGUGUUGUUCAAGAUUGAAGAAGAGAGACUCGAGUUUGAUUACUACAUGGAAUCCAACUUGAGAACCAUUCAAAUUUUGGAAACUAUUGCAAAUAGAAUUGCAAACAUGACACCAGAGCAGAAAGCCAACUUCAAGUUGCCACCAGGCUUAGGACAUAAUUCUACAACCAUUUAUAAAAAAGUCAUUCGUAAAAUCUAUGAUAAGGAUCGUGGAUUUGAAGUGAUUGAUGCCUUGCACGAAAAUCCAUCGAUUGCAGUUCCUAUUGUUUUGAAAAGAUUGAAACAAAAAGACGAGGAAUGGAAACGUGCCCAAAGGGAGUGGAACAAGGUGUGGAGAGAGAUGGAACAAAAAGUUUUUUACAAGUCAUUGGAUCAUCUUGGUUUGACUUUUAAGCAAGCAGAUAAAAAACUACUUACUUCUAAGCAACUUGUAAGUGAGAUCAGCACCGUGAAAGUCGAACAGCAAAACAAAAGACUUCAUCCUCUAACUCCAAAACCUCAAGAGCAAUUGAAUUACAAAUUUGAAGAUCAAGAUGUUUUGUUUGAUAUUUUCAAACUCGCGAGUGUCUUUAUCAAUCGUUCAUCGAGUUAUUCAUCUUAUGAUCGAGAAAAGCUCACGCAGUUUUUCAAAUUUUUCAUUUCGUUGUUUUUUGGAAUCCCAAUGGAUCAAACUGACAAAGCUAUUCAGAAGAGGGGAGAAGAGCCCAAUGCGGAUGCUGAUCUUGAUACUGAAAAUGGAGUGGAAGAAGGAUCGCUGCAAAACCAAACCACCACAAAUCCUAGUGAUGCUUCGAAAAAACGUUCGCGCGACACUGAUUUACUCAAGGAUGUUUUGAAGAGAGCAUCCAAAUCCCGACGUGAUGAAAGAGGCGGAUCUCCUGAUUUACAAGGUCUGGAGACUCUUCUGCAAGAAGUCAAUGAGGAAGUGGAAAGAUCUGGAGAACUGUGGGUUAAAUCUAGUACUUCAAAACACGGUUCACUAGACAAUGCUAGUGGUGGUAGCGAGGAUACCACUACUGCUGCUACCGCAUCAUCAUCAUCACCAUCAUCAUCUUCUUCUUCUUCAACAACAACUGCAACAGCAGCAGCGUCGACUGCAGCAAUGGCAAAAUCAAGCCCACAAAAGCGUGACAAAUACAAUUUGUUUUGCAACACUACAAUCUACAUAUUUUUCCGUCAUUUAACAACUUUGUACGAAAGAUUGCUUUAUAUCAAGUCCAUCAAUGAUAAGGUUGGCGAGGAGAUUCGAAAUCGUAAAUAUCCUCAAUUUGCUAAGGAUUUGAAUUUGCUUUCGCACCAGUUGCAGGAUAUGGGGGUAGAUUUGGUUGGUGAUAAAGAUUGUUAUCAACAAGUACUUUCUUUAUCAGAGAGGCUUAUUGAGGGCGAGAUUGAGCAUCAAUGGUUUGAAGAGAGUUUGCGUCAAGGUUACAAAAACAAAGCUUACAAGAUUUAUACUGUUGACAAGGUUGUGCAAGCUUUGGUCAAACACAUGCAUUCAGUCAUUUCCGACACAAAGACGUCUGAGAUAAUGGUUCUUUUUGAUAAUGAUCGUUCAAAACCCGUGUCGAGUGCUAAAGAGCAAAUUCUUUACCGAAUACUGGUUAGAGCUUUGAUGUCAGCGGAGGAAAAUAUGUUCAAGAUUGCCUAUAAUGAAAGCGACAAAACUGUCAAUAUUCAAUUUAUCAGUUUAGAUGAUUUGACAUUGAAUGAUCAAUCCACCAAUGAGGAGCAAUACAAUUACUACGUAACAAGCUAUAUCAUGUCUCAUCCAACCGAAGGCGUGUUGGCUUCUAAAUUGAACAUGCCAUUUUUGAAGUCCUUUAUUGAGGAAGUCGAAGAAGAUUCAGUUGAAGGUCAUGUUAUUUCGGAUCUCAAGGUUGCUAUUGCCGAAAAUUCGUACAAGCUUUAUUUUGAUUCAGGUCAUGAUGAAUACAUUGCCAAGACUGUGUUUAAGCGCUCAGACGAUGACAAAAAGAGUCAAAAUGAAAAGGUAAAGAGUUUGAGGAAGUUGAUUGACGAGAGAUUAUCCUUGCAAGAGGAUAGCGAAGAAGUUGCUGAAAAAGAUGAAGAUGUUCCAGCUCAGCAAUAG